AGGGCUGAAAACAGACUGUUAGCCUGUCUCUCUCCUGCUUGAACUUUAAAUAUCUUCCAUGCAAUUCGCAGAGUUUAAUUUUAGACGACACAUGAGGCAAACCGUUCCGAGCUACAGUCAGAGACAGAAGCUUCCCCCUUUGCUCGGUCUCAAACUCCAGGAAUCAUCUGUCCUCUUUAUAGCAGCAAAAGGAGAAACUCUACGUUGUAGUCAUGUCCAACAAUCAAGAACACGAGGAUCUUAGUGAAGAGGACAUCGAUGAGGAUGAAAUCCUGGCAAUGCUUUCGCCCGAGGAGCUGCAGGAGCUCCAGAGCGAGAUGGAUAUUAUUAUCGCCCCAGAUGAGAGCGUACCCGUAGGACAGAGACAGAAAGACCAGACGGAGAAAACUCCCACGGGAACCUUUGACCACAGAUCCCUGGUUGAUUAUCUCUACUGGGAGAAAGAGUCCAAACGAAUGCUCGAGGAAGAAAGGGUGCCUGCCACACUAUUGCCCAGUGAGAAAACCUUACAGGAGGAAGCUGAAAAGAAAGAUGUAGAUGCUGAUUCAGAAGAGGCAAAACAUGAAGAGUAUGAAGUGGUAGAAGAGGUAAUCGAAGAGGUUGCUGAUGGUACAAAUGAGGAGGAAAUUAUAGAAGAGAUAAUUGAGGAAAUAGUUGAGGAAGAUGAUGCGAAGGUUCAAAAGAACAAAGAGAUUGAUGUACAGAGUGAGGAGGCAGAAAAAAUACCUGUACAAAACGUACCUGAGGAUACAGACAAUCCUGUAGAGGCUCCAGAAGACACAGAAACAGCAACAGGAAAUGUUACAGCUGCCAUUCCUUCUGUUUUAGACUCACAGGAGACAACAAACAAAGAAGACAAAGAUGAAAAUACUAACAAAGAAGAUUUGCAUGUCAAAGAUAUUUCCAAAGUAUCAGAUACAAAUGAAGCCGACACUAGUUUCCCAAAGAGAGAACAGAUUAAAGUGAACAAAUUAAAGAUCCCAAAGUUGGCUCUGAAUAAUAUAAAAAUGACAUCAAGACCUUCAGGAAACGAGACAAACUUAGAGUCGACACUUGACAAGAUUCGUAACAACAAUCCGUCUGUCACUGAGGUAAACCUCAACAAUAUAGAGAACAUUCCCAAAGAGAUGCUCUUAGAUUACGUCAACGCCCUGAAGAAGAACAGACACGUGAAAACAUUUAGCAUCGCAAACACUGGCGUCGAUGAAAACAUCGCGUUCAGCCUGGCCAACAUGUUGCGGGAGAACCGCAGCGUUACAACGUUGAACAUCGAGUCCAACUUCAUCACUGGAAAAGGCAUCGUCGCCAUCAUCCGCUGUCUGCAGUUCAACGAGACCCUCACGGAGCUUCGUUUCCACAACCAGAGACACAUGCUGGGUCACCACGCAGAGAUGGAGAUCUCUCGGCUGCUCAAGGCCAACAACACCCUGCUGAAGAUGGGCUACCACUUUGAGCAGCCAGGGCCCAGGAUGGUGGUGACCAACAUCCUGACCAGAAAUCUGGACCAGCAGAGACAGCUGAGGAAGGAGGAGCAGCGGCAGCAGCAGCUGAAGGAGCAAAUGGAGCUGAUGCAGAGCUAUGAGAAAAGUCUCAAUUUGCCCCCGGGUUUACUCGAGAUGCUGGGGUACGUGCCGCCACUGGAACUCCUUCAAGAGCAGGGACUGGUUUCACCUUCAGCAGAGCUGAACAGCGCACCUCAAACACAACAUCAGAGAGAGCAGCCAGAGCCAACGAAGAAGCCCAAUCACAACAGCAUUCCCAAACAACCCAGCGCCGAGCCAUCAAACCCAUUACGGGACAUCCAGCUGAAGAGGACUCCCAAGAAACGUAACCCCUUACUGGAGCUUGAUCCGAGGGAGGACAGGAGAGCGGAGAGGCCAAAUUUUCAACUGAGAAAGACGCCUAAAGUAAAGAACGCAGGAGCUAGGGAGACAGAGGAUGAAAAACCAAACCUAACUGAUGUGAUAAAGACUUUGAAACCUGUUCCUCGCAGACGAGUACCUCCAAAGGUUGAUCUCACACCUCGUGAUCAGCUCUUAAGCGAGAUCAAAAAGAGCAAUGUGGCCUAUCUGAAAUCAGUGCCACUCCCAAAAGUCCUGGAAUCAAGUGAAACAAGUCUCCUCUGACUCAACUUCAGCUGUUUUGUCAAUGUACUGUUUGCUUAUUUUACAGAUCCAAUGGGUUUGUUGUUCUACACAUAAAGUAAUAAUUAGACAUGAACAGUGAAUAAUAUAGGCUGAUUUUUGCUCCACUCCUUUGUUAUAUCACCGUUUGCUUUGGACUUCAUAUGAAUAAAAUGUACAUGUUAAGAGGCACCAAAACUAAACAUUUUCAGUUCACAUAUUUUACUUUUCUGAUCAUUUUAAUCUGUUAAAUAAAAAAUAAAAAAAAUCUUACAGAGAUUAUUUUUUAUGCAUAAGGAGCUGAAAAAGACCCAUUUUAUACAAUUAUCGAACUUUCUAAUUGUAUUCUAAAUUAACUUUUAUUUAAUUAUAUUUACUUUCCUGUUUAACAAAAAAAUAUAUAUAAAAAGACAAUAYUGAAUGAAUGUUAUAAAUACAUGAACAUCAACUACACCAUGACUUCAUAAAUCAGAUUAAAGGUUUUGAGGAUG